AUGGGUCGAUCUCCUUGUUGUGAGAAAGAGCACACCAACAAAGGGGCAUGGACAAAGGAAGAAGAUGAACGCCUUAUUAACUACAUCAAACAACAUGGUGAGGGUUGUUGGAGGUCCCUUCCUAAAGCUGCAGGUUUACUUAGGUGUGGAAAAAGCUGCAGACUUCGAUGGAUAAACUAUCUCCGGCCGGAUCUUAAGCGAGGAAAUUUCACUGAAGAAGAAGAAGAAUUCAUCAUCAACCUCCAUAGCUUACUUGGAAACAAAUGGUCUCUUAUUGCUGCACGCUUGCCUGGAAGAACAGAUAAUGAAAUUAAGAAUUACUGGAAUACCCACAUAAAAAGAAAGCUCCUCAAUCGGGGAAUUGAUCCCCAAACACACAGACCACUCAACUCAACAAUAAAAACUCCAAACCCGAACACAAAAAUUUCGAUAAGCAAUCAAGAAAAAAAUCUUAGCCAAUUCUCAGAAAUAGCUCAAACUUUUUCCCUGCACUCAAUCAAUGUAUCAGAAGACGAUUUGAUGAAAAACAGUAUCAGUUUUAAGGUUAGAAGUGAUUCAGCUGAAGAGUCAUAUAGCAGAAGUGUAUUGUCUGAGGAAAUGCACCCACAAAUCAACUUGGAACUCUCCAUUAGUCUACACAAAUCAUAUGAAAAAUCUGCUAUUAAACUGAAUGAUCAGUUGAAGCAAGAAAAACAACAAUUUGAGGACCAAUCCUUUGAAACAUUAUCGCCACCCAGUGUUACACAGUCUGUGUGUUUCUGUUACAGUUUAGGGUUUCAAAAUGGGAAUGCAUGUCAUUGCAAAUCCAUGAAAAAUGUCAACACUCAUGAUAAGCAGAGAUAUUAUAGACACUUGAGUUUAUGA